GUUUGAGGAGUGAAAUGUGUCCAUACGUUUGUGAGCGACUACUGGAAAACUAUUUCUUAGAAAGUGGAACCAUGAUAAAGAAUGAGAAAUAAUAGCACUGAUAGUGAUCAUUGUUUCUCUCUCUUUGUCCCAGCAGUGAGGUGGGUGACAGUGACUCUGAGGACCCCCAAGUCUACGAGUCCAUGUGUAACAUCCAGGCCCAGGCUGGUUCCUCUGAGACAGCACAGGCUUCUGACCUGGACCACCCUCAACAUUCAGCUGUGGUUUCCCAGGACAUGAAGGAGGACACCAGUGAGGAGGAUGUUUACGAGUACGACUGUCCCAGACCAAUCGUCCCUCCCGCCCCCACCAGAAGAGCCCUGUCAGAUAUCGGUGGUCCCUCAGCUGCCUUCAGCACUCUCAGCAUUGACAGCGCAGUAGAAGCCAGUAUGUUUGCAGCAGGCGGCGAACCUGAGCGUCCCCCUAAACCCCUCCCACGCCGAGCCAACUCCGACCGGCGGCCUCGGCCUGCAAACCGUGAAUUUCCCACUCCAUUGCCAGACCUCCCUGGUCCCUCCUCUGCCUCCUCGUCGCCUCCACCACCUCCUCCACCGGCGGCGGCAGGCCCUGGAAGCCUGGCCCUGAACGGGGAGAUCGAAUGCCUGAUGUCCCAAGGCUACUCCAUCCAGGACAUCCAGAAAGCCCUGAUGAUUGCCCAGAACAACCUGGAGACGGCCAAGAACAUCCUGCGCGAGUUCGUCUCCAUCCCCUCCACGGCACACAUCGCCACAUAGUCACUCCGGGCAACGCCCCCCCUCCCACUCCACAACCACCAUCCUCUCCGUCUUCUCUCCGUCUUGUCUCCGUCUCCACUCUGUGCCAUUAUCAUGGAUAGCAUUUACCAAGCACUUUUCCUGCAGAGCCACAAGUACUUGCCAAAAGGCUUUACUCUGAGGAGCGAUGCUGCGUUCACGUCGUAUCGGAAGAUGGCGGCUACAUCGUCUGCAACUUGUAGUCACUGAAAUAUCAUCCAAAGUCAAACCCAACAGGUAUUACUUGUUUUUCUAAGUGGAGUUUUAGCGUGAAAAUAUAUUAUUUUGAUUAUGUUGGACUACGCCGAUGCCAAGUCGUUGAUAUUGAAGCCUCAAAAUCGCUUGUUUACUCUCAAGUCCAGAAGGACGCAACCAUCGGCAGUCCGGUACGACCUGAACGCAGCAUAAGCGGAGAACCGAAGCCUUUAAAUGUGAGCUCUCUGUAGCCAAGCUUUGACCCUGUCGUACUUUUGCUGAGGUCCACUCGUGCCGUGGCAGUGCCGCCCCCCCCCCAGUCAGAGUACAUUUCUCUCAUUAAGCUACGUGUGUUGAAGCUACAGUGACUCUGAUCAGUAGAGGGAACCCUGCGGAGUUUCUGUUUUUCCACUCGGCGUCCCGCUGCUGGCAGCCGUUCCAGUUUGGUGGCUUUCUUUGGCAAAAUUUGUGGCGUACGAAAAACAUGUAGCGACGACGAGUUCUUCGGUCGGAAAAAUGUAGUGAUUUAACUUCGUGGUGUGUGUGUGCUCACGCUGAUGAAUGUUAAGUCGCAUUGCAGUAUUGCAGGGCUUCACGUCGUACGCGUCACCGUGGCUCGCUCUGUUCUCGAUGGUAUUUGAGUCGAACUCCACAUUUUCCUCUCAGCUCCCGGUUCAAUGAUGGUUCUAUUAAUGAAAAUAACAAGUUUAAUGUUUAAGUACUCAUAAAAAAGGUGUUGUGCUGUGUGUAGUACUAACAAAUGGCUGAAUCUAUUCAGAAGUUUAUUUUUGUCAUUUCAUUCCAUGAUUGCCUGCCGCUGUUUCAGGUGGUCUGACACUGAAGGCUGGUUUAUUUACUCUAAAGCUUCUCUGUAGUUUCUUUAUAGGACUUUUACAUGUGCUGUUAUUUAGCUCAGCGACACAUUUGCACCCAGAACAGCUUCACUGAGGUCAGAUUGAAGGGAUUUACACUGAGCUCUAAUGCAAAACACUGAAGGUUGUCAUGUGGACUCAGGUACUCAGUGGGUUGAAUGUAAUGAAAGGACACACAGAGGAUGAUAGAACGUCGGCAGUGUUGUGGACGAGCUCAAACUCACGACUCAUUCUUACAGAAACAUUCCAACGAUUGGAUUUUCUUUCUUAUUCUCGCCUUCCCUGCAUUAUAUUUAUAUAAACUCACUGUUUUUAAAGAUUAAAGAUCAGUUCUGCCUCCCCCAGACGCAUUCACUUCCUCCUGUUUCACUGUGUGACGUGUGUGGAUUAUUGUAUCCACAGUCCUGAAUGGUCUGGAUCUCGUGCAGCUCAGACGUUUCAGUCACUCAGAGGUUCAUGAGAUUUGUUGCAGGAUGAAUGCUAGUAGGCGUCCUGAUCAGAUAUUAGAGCUGGAAUGACGAAUCGAUAAAGCUGGGCACACGCUGUACGAUUUGAGCCAGUUUCUGAUCCGAUUUUUGAGUCGCACGACUCAUCUCAGUCUAGUUCGAGUCAUUUGCUAUGAAAGGGGGGGGUGGCGAGGACUGAUCAGCCGCUCAACAACAAACAUCUGAUGUUCGGAUGUGAAAGUCUGAAAUUUUGGUGGGAUGAUGUCCCCAAAGUUCCCCCAAAGUCUGUGCCUUUAUUCCCCUCGCUGCGCAAAGUGGCUGAAACAGAGCGUCUGAAUGUGACACAGUGGACGUAAAACACGGAGGCUGGUUGAGCUGUGGCAGCAGCACACCUCCCUCCUGUCACGACUGAUGUGAACAGGAAGUUUCAACAACGGGCACACAGGAUGGCACAGGUGAUCAAGGCUGCACUCUCUACCUGCCCUCAGUUUAUUGACGGCUGUGAACGGUCCACUCACGUCAGUGUGAGCAUGUAAACCACAGUCUAGUUGUCUAAAAUCGUACAGCGUGUGCCCGGCUAUAGUUGAACAGAAAAUAAAUCCAUAUUUAUUUUUAGAAUGGAUUUACCGUUUAAAUCGGGUCAAAGUAACAUUUUGUAGUGGAUUUGCUGUUUUAUUUUUGUCUCAUUUGAUAGCAGAUCAAUCAUUUUGGGGGUUUUGGAUGAUCGGACAAUACCGGCUAUUUGAAGACAUCAGCUUGAAUUGUUACAGGCGUUUAUUUAUAUACACAUACACAAGUUUGGGACAUUAUAUAUUCCAAAAGAUGAAUUAAGAAAAUUAACUGAAAAUAAUCUUAAAGACCUAUAAGAUAUAAAUGAGAUUGUUUCUAUCAUAUUACUGAAAUAUCUCAACAAUUAUUACGUGGAUUAACUUGAAUUUUGGUGCAGAUGUUUUGACUCUUCAGCUCCAGCUGUACUUUGUGUUGAGGGCUAUUUAGCAAAUGUUAGCAUGUGAAAUGUAAAAAAGCUCAGCGUUGGCAUUGUGAGCAUGUUAGCAUGUGGGCGUUAGCAUGUAGCUCAAAGCGCCGCAGAGCGGCUAACAUGGCUACAGACUCUUGUAAAGUCAUAUUAAUGAACCGAGUGGCUCAAAUGUCAGAGUUUGGGAUCAAUAUGAGGCCCGGGGACGUUCACAUCCUUCCUACCAACAAAACCUCCAAAUUCACACACAAACAAUCGUCUGAAGUUGUGGAUUUCACUCAGGUUUUUUUCUUAUUUCUCUCCAGUGGACCAAUAAUGAGCAGCUGUCACUCCCGUUCUUUGAUGCUAUAUCACUCCACCAGUGGCCACAUGAGGGUCCUGCAUAUUAACCCAACCACAGGAUCAUUUAGAGCUAAAGAUGAAAAGACAGCUGACUCAUCAAAGCCGGGAGUCUUGACUCGAGUCCAGGACUACAGGAGCGCAGAAUACAAAUCCGCUGUGAGAUGGCUGUUCCAUAUUAAUGCACACAUUUAGGAACACUGCCAGAAACAAGACAGGGCUGAGUGUCUCAUUCCCACUGUCACAUCCAGAGAGGAAAACACGUCUGAAGAGUGCAAUUUCUCCUUUUUUUUUUUGUUAAUUUCCAGAAUAGAUCCUCAAUCGUCACUUUUGAUUUCCGCGGUGAAACACGUAAAUGUGCCUUCUGUCCAUCCCACCCUGCAGACGAAACCAAACCGCUCCUCCAUGUUUCAGUGAAAUGGAAAUGUGCACAGUGUCUGACUCAGAUAUUCACUUCCAGUAACUGUAUGUCAAGAGUUUGGAGUUGGUUCUCCACAUGGGGGCCAUUAGAUAUGCAGACAGCGUCACGGGAGGUAGUUAAAGCUUGUUUUUAAGGCAAAAGUCAGUAUUUGAACACAUUAACUGGUUAUGAAACAGUCUGAAUUUAUUACUGAUUCCUCUCUAUGACCUACGUAAACAAAUAAGACCUUCAGUGAGGAGAUUGGUGGAUGCAGCGUACAGGCGAACAGCCAAAGUAAA